UUAACAGAUCUAUAAAUAAUGUAAGUUUGUAUUUAACUGAAAUUAAUGUACACCAAUUCAAAGUUUUACCGGCUCUUGUACUUCCUAGCUUUUAAAACCAAAAAAAAAAUUUUACCGUCUGAGAAGUAUAUGAUUGACAUUUACACAUGUAUGUAUUCUCAAAAUAUACCAGUCGUCUCCCGUCCGAAAUAACCUUUGUUCCCGUUUGGAUCUCUUCAGAGGUUGCUACAGACACGAGAAUAAUCCAAUCUUUUCACAAAACUAUUAGUACGCUGUGAUCACUCGGAGUAGGCUUCCAAGACGAGAGGUAACCGCUCUUCAAGUUAUCUGAAACACCAAGUUAGAUAAAUAAAUAAUAUAGUCUUCACAAUAUAUACCAUAAUCAAGCAGAGAAACAGAAUGGGCCGCAAUAAGAAGAAAAACAAGAAAAUAAAUUCCACUGAAGAAAAUACAAUUGCCGACAAAAUAAAAAAUGAAUUAAAUUUAAACAAUGACAAUAAUAACAAAUUAUCAUUAUCACUAUCAUCAGCCUCGGGUUCGCCGUCAGGAAUUUCUAUAUUGGACAUUUACGAACGAUUAAAUCUUCCGUUGAAGCCAUCGGGAGUUGAUUUGUCAGUUGACAGUGAUGAUGAAGAAACGCUUGAGUUUCACAUCAGACCUCGUGUUUUUUACGUGUGCAAUUUAUGUUUGGUUUGUAUGAACAUCUGUACGACAGGUGUUAAGUGCAAUAACUGUGGAAUGGUUUUUUAUUGCACGGAAAAUCACCGCGAAGAAGAUAAAUCCAAGCACAGUGAACUUUGUUGCGCGUUAUCGCGAGUCUGCAAAGGAAUGGAAGGAUUUUCAUUGGCAAAAAGUCUGCCUCCUGAUUUGUACCGGUCUUUUCGUAUGAAAACAAUCGACGUUGUUGAAAGAUUAAUCCGCAGACGUCUAGAUUUGUGGGAACGUGAAAUAUUGUUGUAUCCAAAAAUCUGCAGGUCGUGCAAAAAAAUAGAAACUGAUUUAACUUGCUGCUGUAACUGUGGGAUAGAUUUUUACUGCAACAACCACAAAGACACGCAUGACAAGUGGUGCAAAGAUUUCCAGGUGUUUAGAAAAAUUUUGUGGAUGCAACAUCAGCAUGGUUACGUCGAUCCUGAUGUUCCGGUUGUCUUCUACAAGCAACCUCAUAUUCUUCCGGAUAAUUUUGAUCUCCUGAUGUACCAGAUGCAUGACAACAGUCCGGUUUAUAGGCGCAUUGAUUGCUACACUUAUGCAAGCUUGUCUUACAUUUCAACUGCACCUUUGACUGCUUUGUUUGCGAUGCAGAAAUCCAUCGAUGGCUGGCAGUCGAAAGAAGAAAUGGUUAUCCAUAUAAUCGGUGCUGAAUUUCAGUUCGAGUGCGCGGCUUUAAGAGUCUGGGAAAAAUUAUUCCUCCACUUUUUACCCAAGUUGAAGAAAUUGCACCUCGAGUUCACGGGACCUGAGCUAUAUUUACCACCCCAAUUGCCUUGUGAAUUGUUGGGUAAAAUAAAAAUGUGCAGACGUUGCAAACUGGCCAAGCGAAAAAUUUAUAUUUCGUUUAAUGAUCAAAAAUUGUAUCACAAUACAGAAGACAAAAAACCUGCGGAUCUAAUUUGUCUGUUCAAUCCGGGACUUUAUCGAGAGACUGGCUACGAUGGCACCGACACUUGGCCAUUGACUAUUAAAAAAUUCUGUCAAGCUAAAGUCUCAGUUGUUAUCACUUCUUAUACAGAGUUUGAAAUCCCACAUGAUAUUCAGAGGAUUAAAUCGAUUUGUGGAGUUAAAAUUCUACUGGAGCCACAGAGAAAUCCCUUUGCUGCAGUCAAACCUGAUCGGAAUUUUGUUAGUGAUGAUGUUGUGCCUUUGAUGUAUAAAAAUUAUUGUAUAAGUAUUGUUAAAGGAUUAUAAUUAAGUGUUAUUGAUUUUAUACUUACAAAUAUAUUAAAUUAAUAAUCUGUUUUAUAUUGUUAGAAUUGAGUGAAACUUGUGAAUGUAAAAAAAAGUUUUUUUUUCUUGUAUUUUUUCUGAAAAAGAAAAAAAAAAAAAAAAAAAAUUUAAUAAAUAAUUUUUAUAGUUGAAGAGUUAAUUAUAAUGUUAAUUAUUUUAUUGUAAAAAUUACAAAAAUUUACACAACUGAUUAUUUAAAAUAUGUUACUUGUGACCGCAACUAUUUUACAGUACAAUUAGCACACCCUGUUUAAAACAAAGAAUGCAAAAGAGGUCACCAAAUGCAAUUUUAUACCUAAAAAUUAUAAGUAAUAUAUUU